GAACUUUCCAGUCCUGUCAAAGCUCGCAGCACUGAUUUGCUCUGAACCUUUCCGCCGAUCCGCUUCCUGCCACCUUCCAGUCCAACCACCCACUGCAUGCGAGAUCGUGGUCUGCGUUCAUUGUUCCGAGGAUCACUUGCAUCGUCACAGCUCCUCCUUGUCUCGCUGCAGUAGCCUACCUAGUCACCCGUUUUGGUGUUGACAUCUUUCGCGUUCCCUUGACGCGCCUGAGGCCUUGCGACGGCUUUCAACCUCUUUUCCCGUCCUCCUUGGCCCGCCAUGUAUGGCACCUCGCAUUCUUCCGUUUCCGCUCCCAUGAAUGGGAUCGGAGGCGACCUCGUCGAUGGUUCGGGUACUAUUAACCCCGCGGCUUUGAAUACCAACAGUGUUAUUCUACCAACACCCCCGUUUGGAACGAGCACAAAUACCGCGCCUCGCGGGAUCAAGCGGAGUCGGACUCCAGACCAGCGCAGGACAAUACGCGCAGCUGGAGAUCAUGACGACGCAGUAGCGGAUGAUCAUGGCCGUCGGAAGCGUGGGCGUCCACCAAAGACGCCACGUCCAUCUACCACGAAUAUUGGUGAUCAAGCUUCAUCCACUAGCGUUCAUAUGCAAACCCCGCGGAUGCAAGCCCAGCCCCUCCCUACACAAGCUGGCAUCAAUGUAUCACCUCCACAGGCAUCUCCUCCAGACAAGACUACUCCGACCAAAUCCACCCUCGUGAAGGCACUCCCGACGGUCCGAGAUCAUACGACCGACCAACUGAACGAGGAGGGCGAUGAGUACAUCCCCAAAGAAUUCGAUGAAGCGGGUGAGAAGAAGGUCGAUGCUAUGGGUUAUCUUCAAGGCGGCCGGGAUUAUAAAUGCCGCACGUUCCGCGUGCCUCACCGCGGAACUAAGUUAUUCAUGCUAGCGACUGAAUGUGCCCGUGUACUUGGAUACCGCGACUCGUAUCUGUUGUUCAACAAGAAUCGAUCACUGCACAAGAUUAUCGCCACCCAGAUCGAGAAGGACGACUUGAUCCAGCAGGAUAUCCUUCCGUACUCAUACCGAUCGCGGCAAAUCGCCAUUGUGACUGCGAGGUCGAUGUUUCGCCAGUUUGGCAGCCGUGUUAUUGUGAACGGACGACGGGUGCGUGACGACUACUGGGAGGGCAAGGCACGAAAACAGGGCUUCACGGAGGACGACCUGGCGGGCGAGAAACGACCCGGAGGGGCCAAAGCCCGCGAUGCGGCCGCUGCGGAAGCAGCAAGUGCUGCUAGCCUGCUACCGGCCCUGACACAUGGAGAUGUCAUUUAUAGCAACGCGCUUGAAGCUAUGCCGAACAGUCUGCCCUUGGGCGCUCCCUCGUCUGUUUCUCUCGCACCGCUCCCGAUGAUUCAUAUGGCCACCACGACGGACGAUCCACGACUCAGAGAGUACAACAGUAUGCCUCGGUCCCGCCAAGAGUUGACCGGUCAACCAUAUCAGGACCGGACACAGCCCAGCUCAGCGGCGGAGAUCCUAAAUCAGGCCUCACACACCGCCGAUUUCAACAAGAUCCUGAGCUCUCAGCGCAGUUAUCGCCAGAAAGGUUUGGAGGAUUUCUAUUCUAAGCAGCGCGAGAUUUCCGCGUCUGCCGGCCAGCCACAACCUGGACAGCUCGACUCCGUUCCCUCGGUAUCUCAACCAUUGCAGUCCCCUCAGAUCUCGGCGGCCCCGUUGAUGAACACGACCCAACCGCAGCAGUCGAUGCUCCCCCAUCAAGCACCUAUGAUGCCUGGUCAGCCCGGCCUCCAACAAGCGAUGGCACACGCACAACCCCCGGUUAGGCAGUCGCCCGCCCAGACGGGGCCACCAGUCCGCCCUGACCUGAUGCAUCAGCGAUCGAACCCUACUCUAUCUGCCGGAACACCACAACCGGCAGGACCGUACGGCUACCCGUCGCAGCCGCAGCAGAUGUGGGGCCAACCGCCACCCCAACCGCAACCAUCACCUUUGUCCGCCGCCGGUCCGCAGGCUGUGGGAAUGCCACAGUAUGCCUCCCAACUACAUGCACAGCAACAACACUCGCCUUCGCCUCUUGCACAGCAUCCGUCGCAGUCUCCUCGAAAUCAUCCGCGUCCUGCCGCGCCACAAAUGCCGCAGUCUUUCCCAUUACAUGCGCAGACACCUCAACAACAACAGAUAGCAUCCAUGGGCUUUCCAGGCGGCACUGCGGCCCCGUACCAGGCAAUGACGGCAGCAAGAGGCAUGUACCCCGCCACACAGGGCCCCGGAGGGCAACCGUUCCUCACAGGAGCUCCGCAGCAGCCAGGUCUCGCCAUGGGGAUGAGCGCGGGAGGUGCCAUGCCUGGCUGGGCCCCAACACCUGGUGGCCCAAUGCAGCCGGGACAUCCGCAGCAAGGUCAAUCUGGAACCCCACUUGGUUGGUCCGGUUACUAAACCACUACUACGAAAUAAGAAAGUCAUGGCCGGCGUUGACGAGAAUUUUGGCGUUCGUGGGACUAAGAGGCGUUAGGAGGAUAUUGUGACCUUCGGAUAUCAAACACAUCGUUCAAUGUCCCGUUUCUCUUCUGUCCGUUUUGCUGUUUCAUCCUCAUCCAUCCAGUACCCUGUUAUCCCGCUUCGCUCCAGCUAUACACUAUCCUUAAUUGAGGAUAACCGCUAAUGAUAAUUUGCGCAUUUUCUGUCUAUACCCUCUGUUAUACCCGAUGAUGUUGUGAUUUCGUUUUGUUGUUCUUUUGUUUUCUUUCCUUGGUUCCAUAGGGUCACACGUUCACGAGUAUGCAAUUUGUGCAUUUUUGUAUGUCAAUAAUAGAAGGCCGGUCAGAUAGGACGGUGGCGAUAUCUGUUUUACUUCUGUUUGGUCUAGGCAGGCGUUGUUAGUCUAGUGAUCUUCUCAGGGUUUACCUUAUCUAGCAUGCU